AUGAAAUUUUUGGGGACAGUUCUUUCCUCUACUUUUGCUUCCCACUACCGCGCUGGCUCCUACCAAUAUCGACAAGAUGGCGGUAAUCUUCAGGUGACCCGAACAAUGGGCUGGAGAAGAGGCAUGGAUGGGUAUGGCACGGGUUGUACUGAUGCUGAUGUUGCCAGCCAGAGUGCUAGUGGCUCGAUGAUUACCGAGAGCAUCACUGACAUGUCCGGAAUUGACAUUAUCGCCUACGGCAAUAAUGGAACAACUGGAAAAUACAUCGUCAAUGAGAUCGAAGAUUCAGCUGCGCUGGACUCUGGCGUCCACUACUGCUUUGGCUACGUCGAUGAAACCUUCAAUAUCAACCAGCCAUUUAAACAUGUCGCUAAUGGCUGCUGCACCAUUUCUAUGCAUGACGAUGAUGGUAGCCUCAUCAAUGGCGAUUACAACUUUGCUUCAACCGUCUACGAUUUGACCAACAAUUCACCGCAGUUCAAGAUCCCUGCUAUUUGGUACAUCAUGACGGGGUGCACUGACCAGAAGCUCUUCUUGAAUCCUAGUGAUCCAGAUGGCGACAACGUCAAGUGUCGCUGGGCGACCAUUGACGAAGCGGAAGCGCUCUCACGUGACCAGGGUCGAUUUGAUUCUCUCAUUCUCGACGAGGAGAACUGCAUCGUCACAUACGACCCCUCCGCAGACGCUUUUGCAUCUGGAAUAAAACCUCUCGCCAUCCAGGUUGAAGACUACGAUGUUAAUGGCAAUCUUCGAUCAUCUGUACCAGCUCAGUUCAUGGCUACGGUCUGGACUCCUUCCAUGGCCUCUUCUAUUAGAUCAGAGAUUGCAUCUUCCGGUGAGAAAUUUUUCGCCAAUCUUUUUGGCGAAGAUCACAGCGAAACUGGACAUCACCGAGGUCGUCGACAAGCCUCUAACGAUCAUUGUACAGGUCUUCCUGCUUUCACCGGUACGAGUCCUCAAAAUGGAGAUAUCAUCAAAGUUUCGGGCUCAAUUUCUCUCGACUAUUACGCUGAGUACACCGCCAACGGCAACACAUUUGUUGAUCUCGACCGAAUCAUCUUCUCCGGUCCAUCAGGAAUGACCUGCACAGAUGUCGACAAAACCAGCGGCCACUCCAACUGUUCGUGGACUCCUACACUCUUCCAACUUGCAGCUGGUUCCCACGAUCUCUGCGCUAUUGCUUACGAUCCAAUGCAGCGAACAAGCGACCGACUUUGCGUCAAACUCAUCGCCGAACCAGCAAAGAGCGAUAUGCAGUGGUGGCUUAGCGCUCUUGCUCCAGAUUUUUCUGGAACCGCACUAACCGACUACGGCUGCACUGGGCGAGGUCUUCUAGAGCCAUUUGCUCAUAAUAAUGGCCGACCGGUUGAUGAAGUCGAUUUGGCGAUCAACGGCUGGAAGAAAUGCGUCCGAUGCUCAGUUGAUGUUCUCAAAUUAGGAACUAACACCACUGAUCUUUGGCAAACAGGCUUCUGGGAGUAUCCACAACCGACUGAUAAUGUGUGCGACGCCUCAGAUGCGUUUCAGCUUGCGAUUUGCGAGUGUGACAAAGCUUUCGCUACUGUUCUCUCCGGAUACAGUCUCAAUCCUAUGUUCCAGAACUUCGAUAAUGUCAACUGUUUGAAAGCCCAAGGAGGAAUCGAGCAUGAGAGUAAGUGCUGCGGAACAAGCGUCGGCUCAUUCCAACUCUACAAUGCUCCUUCCGAUCAUUGCUGCGAGGGAAACCAGCUGAAGCCAGCCGGAACUUGCGCUUCGGAAAAUGGGCUCACCUACACUGGAGAAACUCACAUGUACCAUAGAGUUGAACUCUGA